AUGGGCGGCUCAGUGUCAAAGAUCAUGGGCAAGAUCUUCGGAACGAAGGAGAUGCGGAUUCUCAUGCUGGGUCUCGAUGCUGCUGGAAAGACGACAAUCCUCUACAAAUUGAAACUCACCAACCAAGAUGUCACCACAAUUCCUACCGUCGGGUUCAACGUCGAGAGUGUUACGUAUAAGAACGUGAAGUUCAACGUAUGGGACGUGGGCGGUCAGGACAAGAUCCGUCCCCUCUGGAGACACUACUAUUCCGGCACGCAAGGACUGAUCUUCGUCGUGGACUCGAGCGACACCACUCGGUUGGAGGAGGCUCGCUCCGAACUACACAAGAUCAUCAACGAUCGCGAAAUGAAAGACGCCCUUUUGCUUGUGUUUGCAAACAAGCAGGACGUUCCUGGACAUUUGAGCCCGGAUGAGAUCACGAGCGCUCUCCAACUCCACAAGAUCAAGGAUAAGACAUGGUAUGUUGCGCCUAGCGUUGCUACGGAUGGCACUGGUAUUUUCGAAGGACUGGCUUGGCUUUCAAACAACGUCAAGACCUCGCAAUCACCCCCGAAAUGA